GCUUUGGCCCCAAAUUCCCCACAUUUUGCCCCAGUUUCACACGGGGUGGGGCCAGAGAAGUUUUGGGGAGGUUUUUUGUUGUGUUUUUUUUUUAUUUUUCCCGUUUCGGGAGGUUUUUUCUUUUCCUGAGAAAACUUUUCCCCGUUUUCUCAGGUUUUGCUUUUUCUCCUCUGGACCCAAAAAGGCCGAAAAAAAAGCAAAAGGCGCCGGUGGUGGCACCCCCGGGACCCCCCCGGGGCGGGGUUCGACCCCCCCCGGCGCCGCUGCUGCUGGCCUGGGGCUCUAUCGCGACAGAGACCCCCUCAUAUCACAACAGAGACCCCCAUAUCACGACAGGGAGCCCCAUAUCGUGGUAGAGACCCCCCUAUUUCUCCUCCUUGACUUGGGCAUCUCACAAUCCAGAGAAAAGGGUGACCCGUGUAUUCAGACAGGGCUCUCAUAACGUGACAGGAGCCCCCAUAUUGCGAUAAGGACCCAUUAUCGUGAUGGGAGACCCCCCUGUUUGUCCACAUGGCUUUGGGUGACCCAUGGUACAGGGAGGGGGUGAUUCCAUGUCCUGACAGGGACCCCUUUUGGUAACAGGGCCCCUCAUAUCGUGACAGGGACUCCUUAUUGCGACAGGGAUCCCCCUGCUCCUCAUUUUCCCAGAGCCCCACACCGGUUGACCCACGGUUCCAGGACAGGGGGUGCCCCAUAUCACGACAGGGAUCGUCUAUCACGAUAAGAACCCACGCUCUGCAAGGGCUUUGUAUCCUGACAGGAUCCUGGAUCAUUCUGAAGAGUACUGAGACGGGACCCCCAUGUCGUGACAGUGCUCCUGUAUCGUGACAGAGCCCCUGUGCUGCUCUGAGGACCCAGGACCACGAGGGGCUGCUGUAUCGCUGUGAAUCACCAUUAUCGCGACAGGACCCCCCCUAUCGCGACAGGGACCCUCAGUGAUCAAUAAACUGCAGAGUCCUGACCGGCCUUGUGUCAUCAUUGGGGCUGGGGGAGGGUGACUCUGAUGCAUAUGACGUCAUUGCCAGUGCCCCCUGACGUCAUAGCAACGAGUGCUGGGCGCGGUGACGUCACCGCCGCUUCCUGCCGCGUGUCCUUUACAAGCCCCGCCCCUCCUGCCGGUUUUGGCUUCGCCCCUUUUUCGCCCCGCCCUUUCCUCGUUCCUGGCCCCUCAUUGGUUCCUUUAGGCCCCUCCCCAGCACCUUAUUGGCUCUGGCGUGCCCCGCCUUUCGCUCCUCCCAUUUUCCACUUCCACCCUCUCAUUGGCUCAUCCAGACCUCACCCUCGGCCUUUCAUUGGCUCACCGAGGCCCCGCCCCCGGGUCCGUCACCGGAUCCUCCCGCCCGGCGCCGCCGCCGCUUCCUCCGGGCCCGCUCCGGCCCCGGGACCCGCUCGGAGCCCCGGGAGCCGCCGGGAGCGCGGGCCCGGCCCCGCCAUGUGGCUCUUCUCCCGGGACCCGGUGCGGGACUUCCCCUUCGAGCUGGGCCCGCCCGAUGCGGAUCCCGAGGCGGAGCCGCUCCCGGACCCCGCGGCCCCGGCCCCGCUCUGGCGGCUGCUGCGGGGCCGCCGCAAGGCCGAUGGCGCUCCGGUGUCGGUGUUUGCCCACAGCCUGGGCCCGGGGGUGGAUCCCGGCGCCACCGCGCUGGCCCGGGCGGGGCUGAAGCGGCUCCGCAGCCUGCGGCACCCCAACAUCCUGGGCUACCUGGACAGCCUGGAGACGGAGCAGUGCCUGUACCUGGUGACAGAGGCCGUGACCCCCCUGCGGCGGCACCUGCGGCUGCACCCCCCGAGCGGGGACUCGGGCGAGCAGGAGGUGGCCUGGGGGCUGCAGCGGCUGCUGACGGCGCUGGCGUUCCUGGGGGUCUCGGGGCUCGUUCACCACGCGCUGGGACUCGACGCCGUCUUCGUGGACCCCGGGGGCGAGUGGAAGCUGGGGGGGCUCGAGAGGGUGGCGGCCACCAGCGAGGGGACCCCCACCCGCCCCCCCGGUGACCCCCCCCGGCCCCAGGACCCCCCCGAGCUCAGCGACCCCUCCCGAGGGAAGGGGGACCCCUGGGCAGGGGACAUGUGGCGCCUGGGCUGCCUCAUCUGGGAGGUCUUCAAUGGACCCCUCCCCCGGCCGGGGGCUCUGCGCAGCUUUGGCAAGCUGCCCCCCGGGCUCAUCCCGCCCUUCUCGGAGCUGGUGGCCGCGGAUCCGGGGGCCCGGCCGGGCCCGGGGCCGCUCCUGGAGCGGCUGCAGCGCCCUGGAGCCUUCCUGGCCUGUGCCCUGGUGCGCACCGGGCUCUUCCUCGAGCACUUCCAGGUCCGGGACCCCUCGGAGCGCCGGACGUUCCUGCAGGAGCUGCCGCCUCUCCUGGAGUCCCUGCCGGGGCCCUUCCGGAGGCACAAACUGCUCCCGAGGCUGCUCGAGGCCCUGGAGCUGGGCAGCGCCGAUGCCAGUGCCCUGCCCCCAGCUGCUGUGGCCAAGGUCCUGGACCCCCCCGAGUACCAGGAGCGAAUCGUCCCCGUCCUCGUCCGGCUCUUCUCGUCCCCUGAGCGGGGCCUGCGCCUGCGCCUGCUGCAGCUGCUCGAGGAGUACAUUGAGUUCCUGCCUGAGGCCACGGUGGAUUCCCAAAUUUUCCCCCACGUCGCCCACGGGUUCCUGGACUCCAACCCGGCCAUCCGUGAGCAGACGGUCAAGUCCAUGGUGCUGCUGGCACCCAAGCUGGGGGAGGGGCGCAGGGGGGGGGAGCUGCCCCGGCUGCUGCUGCGGGUGCAGGGGGGGGACGCGCUGGGACCCCUGCGCUGCAACGCCACGCUGUGCCUGGGGCGCCUGGCCCCCCACCUGCCCGCCCAGACCCGCCGGCGGGUUUUGGCCCCCGCCCUGGCCAGGGCCACCCGGGAUCCCUUCCCGCCCGCCCGGGCCGCGGCCGUUGCCGCCUUCGCCGCCACGCACGGCUGCUACUCCCCCCCCGAGGUGGCGGCGCGGGUGCUGCCCCCCCUGUGCGCCCUCACCGUGGACCCCCACCCCGGCGUUCGGCAGCAGGCGUUCCGGGCCAUUCGCAGCUUCCUGGAGCAGCUGGAGGCGGCGGCCGAGGCUGGGGGAGUCCAGGAGGGGGACACCCCCAGCGCAGCCGCCGUGCCGGGGGGGGGCGCGGGGGGGCUGGGGGCGGCCGUGUCCUGGGCUGUCACCGGUGUCACCUCCCUGACCGCCCGGCUGAUGGGGGGCGAGGGGGGGGCAGCCCCUGCACAGCCCCCCCCCACGCAGGGACCCCCGCAGACCCCGGCCGAGACCCCCGGGAACCCCCAAAAGAGCCCCCCAGCGAGGAGACCCCCCCCGAGGAGCCCCCCCUGGAAGAUGCCGAUGGGUGGGAUGAUGACUGGGGGAGUCUGGAGGACAUGGAGCUGCCUCGGAGCCCCCCCGCCAGCAGCCCGGAGGAAUUGGGGACCCCCCCGCAGCCCCCCACCCCCACAGAGCCUCCCCCCAGCGCCCCUCCCCCAGCCGGGGGGGGUGAUGAGGGUGAGGGGUGGUGGGGGGGGUGUCCCCUCAGGGCCCCCCCCGGGCCGGCGGCAGCGGGAGCAGCAGCGGCGCCGGGAGCUCGAGGCCAAGCGCCGGGCGGGUCCCCGGGGCCCCCAAAAACUGGGGGCUCGGAAACUCGACUGA